CACAUGAUAGAAGCAGAUGUUCUUCUUCGUGGUGGCAAGGGAGGAAAUGGAGACCCUAUCAUGGCUCAUCCACCUGAAACGGACAGUGACAACACAUUGCAGGAAUGGCUGAACGAGAUCAUCAACACAAAUAAAGGCAUCAAGCUGGAUUUUAAGAGUCUGGAAGCCGUACAACCUUCCUUGGAGCUUCUUGAACACGUGAAGCAGCGUUUGAAGCGACCAGUUUGGAUCAACGCCGACAUCCUACCAGGACCUAAUGGAAAUAAUGCUGUAGUGGAUGCAAAAGGGUUCCUCAACACUGUCACUUCAUUUUUCCCACACGUAACCUUGUCACUGGGUUGGACAACUGGCUGGCACCCUGACAAACACAACAAAGGUUAUGAUUGGAUGAUGGUGAAAGAAAUGGCUCAGAUAUGCAACGUGCUUUCCCAGCCUGUAACUUUCCCUGUAAGAGCAGCAUUAGUACGACAGUCAGUACCUGAGCUGAGUUGGUUAAUCCAGCAGUCGGAUAG